GGCCAUCUAAAAGUCAUUUUGCAAUUUGAAAUACAUCUAAAUUGCGUAUUUACUCAAUAACGCCGUUUAUUCGCUAUGUAUACGAAGUGAUAUCGUCAAAUCCGCUUAAUUCAGCGUUCAGCACAUAACCCGGUGCUUCGCAAUAUAAUCGCGAGUGGAUGUGAAUUUUGGCAACUACCGCGCAGCAAGCAGAAUACCACUUUCUUGAUAACCGGUAAAGUGGGAGUCGGUAUAAAGAGAGGAUAUAGUCGGCGGUGAUGGUCAGUGAGUUCUCAGUGAGAGUGCCGUGAUCGUUUCACCGUUCCACCGUUGAAAGUCAAAUAUGAAGCUGACGGGAUUCUUGAUAGUGACGUGUUGCUCCAUAAUCGCCGCGCGACCGGAGACCGAGGAUCAGGAGUUGCUGAAGAGGGCGUCGAAGCAGCUCGAGCGAUUAACGCCGUAUCGAAGGAGGAACGCCGAUCGAGAUCUCGCGCUUGACUUGGCGAACCUGCUGGAGACCUGGGGGCCUCCGCUGGGUCAGGACGACGGCGGCGGCUCGAACGGCGGGACGAGCGAGGUCGACCAGGCGGACCAGGGCGUAGUACCAGCGUGGGAGAUAGUCGGGAUUCCGCUCGGACGGACAGAGGCGGACGAAGCGGCGGCGAAACGGGCGGACGACGAGAAGCGAUUAACAAUCGACAUCGUCGCCGAUCCCGAGUACACCGCAAUGAUGCAGGAGAGGAUAAAGCGCGGCUUCAACGCCGGAUCCGCCAGUCUCAUCACCAGCAUAGCGGGCGGCGUGCUCAGCGGUAUCGCGAGCGCAUCGAGCGGUUCCGCGGCGAAAGCGUCAUCGAGCAGCAGCAGCAGCAGCAGUCAACAGGAUUACAAACCGGCUUACGGCCCACCCCCCCCGGUUUACUCGUACGAAGAGAAGCCCUUCGGUGCUUGGGACUUCAAGAAGACGAUUUUUAGCACAGUGUUUCAAGCUCUCAAGGCGAUAGGCGGCGGUGUGCUGGCUCUGAAGGGACAACUGGUCAAGGGUGGUGGUUACUUGCUCGCGGCUAAAAGCAAAGUUAUCAGUAAGACUGGGGACGUUAUCACGUCUUUUGGUAAACAACUGACGAGUAGUGUGGCAACCUAUCCAGCGUCCUAUCCACCGGAUACUUACACGUACGAGCAACAUCCGCCGGUUCAAGACAUAGAACACGAUCCCAAUUACCAAGGACCACCGCCGAGCCCUGACGGGUAUUCCGAAGCGAACGAUUAUCCUCCGCACUCGGCGUACAGCGUGCCAUCAGACGACAAUAAUCAGGGCGGCCUGCUGAUCGUGACGCCGACGAAAUCUGACCCAGACGACCACCACCAGGACGCGAACUUAGCCGAGGUGAAGCCAGACCUUGCCAAGUUAGAAGAAAGUUUCGGUGGCCCGACAUCGGGCUCCGCCAUCAAAGACUUCUUGAUCAGCACGGUGCACAGCGCGCACGGUAGCGCUGGCGGCGGCAACGGCGGUGGCAGCAUCACGACCACGAAUCACCAAGCCGCAAGCAUCGAUUACGACAACAACAUCAACGUGAAUUCUCACGCGAAUCCUCCUAUCGCGCAUCCAGCACCGAUCUAUGGAGCGCCCGAACAUUAUUAUACCUCGCAUCACGACCAACCGACGCAGAGCUACGACAACUACCCCGUAGUCGAUCAUGGGAACAUUCACCAUGAUCAUCAAUCGGAGCUGGCGGCAGCGCUGAUUCCGUCGUCGCAUCAUUUCCCGAAACUGGCCGAUCCUCCUCAUCUGUCCAUCCAGCAGAGCGUAGAGUACCCACCGCUGCAUGUGCAACAAUUCGGUAGCCCGCUGUUCGAGCCGGUGUCCAAGUUACCGCUCUUUGAGCACGACGAUGGCAUGUCGGUGCACGCGAGUCUCACUGUGGACACCGAGCCGAAACUCAUGCCCUUCAAAGUGCCUCUGCUGCCGCCGAGCUAUCCUGGCACUUUGAACAGCUUGCCCGAGCUGCGGCCGCACGUAGAUUUUCACGGACAGCCAGAGUUUGCAAAUGUUCACAACAGUUUGGACGGUCCGCUGAAAAUACAACUUUUGAACCCGUUGCCAGCCUAUUGGCAUUGGCAGGGCCAAGGUUCGCUCGCGCCGGCAUCAACUUUCGGCGCGUCGAACUCUUUUCGUAAGAGAAAUGUCCUGCACAGACGGACGUUCUCAGCCGGCCGACUCAAGCGACGUUACUCGUCGUCGCAGGCGACGACGGCCAUCCAUCGGCUGUAACGGCUCGAAGCAGGUAACGCAGGUCGGCAGGCGUGUAAUGUACAGAGAGAGAGAGAGAGAGAGAGAGAGAGAGAGAGAGAGAGAGGGAAGGAGGGAGCGAGAGGGAACGAAACUUUUCGAAAAUCUCGCGAUAUUUAUCGUGAGAUUAAUGUUUCGAUACCUUGGAUCGGACAUUUAUCAAAUACUCGAAACGUCAUGAAAUAGGCAAUAUUAGGUGAGCAAGUGAGAGAUGAAGAGACGCGAGAGAGGUAUCGGUUACGGAUUUCCCGGAUCCGCUAUCGUUUUUACGGCCUAAAAUGCAAAAUACUUGCGCGGAUUGUUGAAUAAUAUUUAUCUGUCUGCAUCUCGAGAGUAGGAAUACGUCUGGACACUUUCUGACACAUUUUAUUCGAAUGUGCGAGAUCAUUUGUCCAAACAAAAUCGAAAAGAGUGACAUUUUUCUCGACGCGAUGUCAAUAUUUCUCUUUUCUUUCUUUUCUUUUUUUCCUUACAUCUGCCUCGCACAUUCCCGCAGCAAUAUCAACGUAUACUUUAAUAUGCGCACGCACGCUCUUUCUGUUACAGUAAUCUACGCGUUCGCGUAUUAUCCACACUCGAUCAAAUACAAGUACAGAUUGCCGUAUCCUUAUUACGGACGAUAAGGACUUCUGGUCCUUGGGCAAUCGCGCGGGUAUUACUUGCGUUACCGCAGAGCGGGCAAAUCGAUCAGCGGGAGAAUCUGUCGAAUUUUUGGAAGUCAAGAUGAAGAGGAGCACCUGAUAAAUUCUCAACGAGUACCCGCAUCCGCAUCAUGAAAGGCGCAUCUGUAUCAGAAGGUUACGCACACCGCACUACGCGGAAAUUCCUCGAGAGAGAGAGAGAGAGAGAGAGAGAGAGAGAGA